ACUGAUAUGAGCGAACAAUGAAAUGAGACGCACACAUAUAUGAGAAUCUUAGGUAUCCCGUAGUGACAGACCGAUCGUCGUUCUCUGAAACUACACUCCCUUUCAAGGACAUCUCCGCAAGACUCCUGCCAUGAAGGCUAUCCUGGUGAUCGCUCUGAUAGUUUGCCUGGUUGCAGAAUCAUACGCGGCAAUUCUACAACGGCAAGCCUGCCUGCUUCCACCAGAACCUGGACGGUGUAUGGCUUACAUCCCAAGGUUCCACUACAGUCGGGCUGCUGGCACUUGCCGAGAGUUCAUAUACGGUGGUUGUGGUGGCAACAGAAACAACUUCAGGUCGUUCAACGAGUGUAUCGCUGCCUGUUCGAGCACCGGAGGGUGAAGUGAGUUGCCAAGCGAAGUGGCCAGGAUUGCUGCUUUUUGAGAUGCAAUAAACGAGUGAAACCUCAAUCCAUCCCUUUGAGGACAAUGUUGUAUCUAACUAAGUUUGUUGGUGCAUAAUUUUAAGUCUACUGCUUCGGAUACCAGUCGACGUGUAAAUAAAGUUUCCAUUGGAAUUUCA